AUUUUCCUCCUGUCAUUCCUCCUCCUAUCUUUGAUCAUUGUCCCCCUUCAGAAAAAAAAGAGAAAAACUCACUCAACACGCCUUUUUUUUUCUACUCUGGCUCUUUUUUUUUUUUUUUUUUUCUACUUUCUAACUUAACUGAGGAGCUAAACUCUGAAGGAUUCUUUCAUUUAGGGGUGUCUCUGCAGGCUGGCUUUUUUUACUUUGAACUUCGGGCUGCUCUCCUAGGUGACCAUGGCCGUACCGGCUGCUCUCAUCCCACCAACUCCGCUCGUCCCGCCGCCUCCGAUGUCUACUCCCUCCGCCACCACCUCUCCGCCGUCCACAACUUCGUCCCCGUCUCCAUCCCUGGCCCCGCCAUCGGGAGCCGCUCAGAACCUGUUCAGAUCGGAGCUCCUCGCCACCAGCAGUCCGGGCAUCCCAACCCCGAGCGCGGCUCUGCCCCCGAGCAAACCCGUCUACUCGACCCCGUCGCCCGUCGAGAACAUCCCGCAGAACAACGAGUGCAAGAUGGUCGAGCUGCGCGGCGCAAAGGUGGCUUCAUUCACCGUGGACGGCUGUGAGCUCAUCUGCCUCCCGCAGGCGUUCGACCUGUUCCUGAAGCACCUGGUCGGCGGGCUGCACACGGUCUACACCAAGCUGAAGCGGCUGGAGAUCACGCCGGUCGUGUGCAACGUGGAGCAGGUCCGCAUCCUCAGGGGGCUCGGCGCCAUUCAGCCCGGGGUGAACCGCUGCAAACUCAUCUCCAGAAAGGACUUCGAGACGCUCUACAACGACUGCACUAAUGCGAGCUCCAGACCUGGACGACCUCCGAAGAGGACCCAAAGUGUGACAUCGCCUGAGAACCCCCACAUCAUGCCCCACUCGGUGCCUGGACUCAUGUCUCCUGGCAUGAUCCCUCCUACAGGCCUGACAGCGGCCGCGGCAGCAGCUGCCAACGCAGCCAUCGCAGAGGCCAUGAAGGUCAAGAAGAUCAAGCUGGAGGCGAUGAGCGGCUACCACGGCAACGCCAACCACCACGGGGCUGACGGAGAGAAUGGAGACCUCAGCUCUGGCGUCGGUCUGGAACUCCCCUUCAUGAUGAUGCCACACCCACUGAUCCCAGUCAGCCUGCCCCCAGCCUCUGUCACCAUGGCGAUGAGCCAGAUGAACCACCUCAGCACCAUUGCGAAUAUGGCUGCUGCAGCCCAGGGCCAGAGUCUGCCUUCUAGAAUGGUCACUUCUGUUAUAAAGGGGUUGCAGGAACGUGUGCCAGACAGUCCAUCCCCUGCUCCUUCCUUAGAUGACAACAGAAGGCCUGGUAGUCACCCAUCAUCCCACCGCAGCAGCAGCGUGUCCAGCUCCCCAGCCCACACAGAAAGCUCUUCAGACAGGAUACCAGCACACCACAAUGGGCUGUCAAUGAACCAAGCCCUUCUAGGCCUGUCCCCCAACAUCGCCCCUGGGCCAAAAGAGGGCGACCUGGCCCAUGACAUGAGCCAUGAAGUGAAAAGGAUGCAUGCUGACAAAGAGGACAACUCCAUGUGCACCCCAACCGCUAGAGACAGCUAUGAGAGGUUGUCAUUGGCUGGACAGACUCUGCCUCCAGGUUUCCCAUCACCAUUUCUCUUCCCAGAUGGCCUGUCAUCAAUAGAGACUCUUCUCACCAACAUACAGGGCCUCCUCAAAGUGGCGAUUGACAAUGCUCGGGCUCAGGAGAAGCAGGUGCAGCUGGAGAAGACGGAGCUGAAGAUGGAGCUGUUUAGAGAGAGGGAGCUCAGGGAGACACUGGAGAAGCAGCUCGCCAUGGAGCAGAAGAAUAGAGCAAUCAUCCAGAAGCGUCUGAAGAAGGAGAAGAAGGCCAAGAGGAAACUGCAAGAGGCUCUGGAGUACGAAUCCAAAAGGAGGGAGCAGGUGGAGCAGACUCUGAAGCAGCCAUCGCCCUCAGACAGCAUGCGCUCCCUCAACGAUGGAAGACUGUUCCUGAAAACCGCAGUGAUGUACUGAUAAGGCCGCAAGGAGCUGGAGGACAGAAAGAUUUUAUAACAAAAAGUAAAUAAAAUGAAAUAAAAGGACUGAAAGAGAAAAAAAAAAGAAACCAUGAAGGUUCCGGGGAAGACCCUAACCCACGCCGAUUUAGCUGAAGAGAGUUCAAGCUGCUCGUAGAUGGUAAUGCUGUGUUCAUCCCCCCCACCCCCCAAACGCUGGAGGAUUGUGAAUGUACAACAAAGAAGUCUUUCUCACCACGGAAGGAAAAACCUAAAGUAGUCUGAUAAAGCAGGUUUUGACAAGACGUGAAGGAUAAACAUAUAUAACCGAGCACAGUCAAAAUGUACCCAAGGUGCAUUGUUGGUAAUAACUCCUGAUAAGUUCACAGCACUGAAGAUUUUUUUUUAUACUGUAUCUCAGCCAGCGAGAAAGCUUUGAAAUGAAAAUUCGACUGAAGUUUUGCUUUUGUAUUUCGAAAUAAAUCAUGAGAUGCUAAAAAAAAAAAAAAAAAAAAAAAAAAAAAAAGACGAAGAGAUGAACAUUUGUGGAGGGCGGGGGGGAUGUGAAUAUAUCCACGUCAUCAAAAGAAAGAAGACUGAUGUUCGAUUUUCAUGUUUUCUAAAUUAGAUGAAAAUACAAUCAAGUUCCGUUUUUACCAUCACUGUACAUACAAGAGCUAAUGAUAAAGAUAGACAGACUCACUCUGCUGAACCCCAGUGGACUCCUAAGGUAUGUGUAUAUAACGUUAAGAGGUAUUGUGUAUGCAGUAGAGCUAUUAGGCAAACAAUACCACCAUUUAUAUAAACCUUUCUUGUUUUCGUUCUAUCUCUGAGCCAUCAUCUUUUCCUAUAGCUGCCAUUUUCUGGUGAGAAAGCAUGCAGGCAUGUAAAUGUUUGUCCUGGAAUUAUGAUAUUUAAUAAAUCCUAUAUUGUGCUGAACAAAUAACCAGGGUGGAUUCACCCAAGCCCAGACAAUUCUAAAAAUCCCAAUUGAAGAUGUUUUACUCUCAAAACGAAGACCUUCGCUGUUGAUAGUACUGUAAUCUUUGUAAAAGAGGUCAUACUUCUUGGAAUUUACUGUACAUUGUCUUUAUGAGACACUCUUAAAAUCAGCACCCCUUAUUGCUUUGUUGUUGUUUUUUUAUUUUGUAAGUAUCUGGUCGGAUCAUCAUCACCUGCCAGCUUGAAGCAAUCAGUUAAGGACGCUACUUUUUAAAAAGCGAACACCACUUUAUUACAUUGUGUUUAACACGUUUUGGUUUCAGAGUGUUUCAUGAUGCGAGAACAUGACAAAAAAAGAAAAAAACAAACAAAUAAAAAAAAAAAACAUUUUCUUUCCCUAAAGACUUUUGAAUUGUGGUGCUGCAACACCUGUGUAUAUUCUCUAGUCAUAAGCUGAUGUCAGUCCUUUAUCUGCUAAACAAUUUAGACCUUAUGUGUUACAAUCAAAAAGAUGAGGAGGAGGAAGAAGGGAAGCGUAUCCCAUGUUCACGAUGUGUUUGUUCCUUUUUGUUCUUAAUGGAUUGUCUAAGUCUGUUGUCACUGAUAACUUAUAUAGCUUCUCGAAUCAUCUCUUUCAUUGUACUUCAAAUUCAAAUAAAGUUAACAUGUUGAUGAUAAA